AUGGCCUUCUUCAGACGCGCCAAAUCUGAGAAGCCCGUCAACCGAGACCGCCCAUCCGACGAGGUCCCAUAUGGCUACGCAAAGUCGAAACCGACAGCCCUCCGCACAUUUGCGGCGAUAAUCUAUCUUCUUUCCACAAUCUUCCUCAUCUUGGUGGAGAUAGGAAACAUCAACGACAAGGCCGUCAUCCGUUCUACCUAUUUCCUCAAAAUCGACCUGGCAAACAUCAUCCCGGCCUCGGUCCCCAACGCCAUCUUCAUCAACAGCAUAGCCCAAUCCAUCGGGCUGCACGACUUCUACCAAGUCGGCUUGUGGAAUUUCUGUGAAGGUUACAAUGGCGAAGGAAUCACGUACUGCUCCCCGACCAAGACGCUGUACUGGUUUAACCCCGUGCAAAUCAUCCUGGACGAACUCCUAGCGGGGGCGUCCAUCACGCUGCCCAGCGAGGUCAUCGACGUGCUCGACCUCGUCCGCCUCGCGUCCUUCUGGAUGUUCUCGUGCUUCCUGGUCGGGACGUGCCUGACGUUUCUCUGCAUCUUCGUCUCUCCGCUAGGCUUCUCCCAGCGGCCCCGGUGGCAACAUAAAGCGAAACGGAUAUUCCUGCGGCAGCUGCCCAUCUCGAUCCUGACCCUGGCGGCGUUGCUCUUCACCGCGGUGGCCUCGCUGAUCGCCACCAUCAUGUUCCUCAUUUUCCAAGACAAGUUCUCGGGCGCCGCCGACUUGAACAUCCACGCGCGCCUGGGCAAGCCGAUGCUCGCGUUCAUGUGGAUCGCCACGGGUCUCAAUCUGAGUGGGUUCCUCAUGCAGCUGGGCACCUGUUGCGGCGUCUGCUGUUGUACCGGGAGGCGGAGGGCGGUCAGGCACAGUCAAUUGACCGAGGCUGGGCGAGGGGGAGUAGUCGACAACACCGAGGGACAGAGGGAGAAGGCGGUGCGGGACGUCGAUAGCAGUGCCAGGACAGAUGGGUCUUCUGCCGGGGCAUUCCCUGCGUUCAGGAGGAGCAGGCGAGGCUGA